AUGGCGAAUGUCGAAGCUUCCAGCCCGUUUCGCAGUAGUUACCUGGAAGCAGCCGCCAGGCAUCUAAACUCAGAUCUCUUCGACACUCAGUCACCACCACAACUAGAACUGCCACAACUUCCUCCACAGUCUGCCACCGCUGCUAGCGACGGCGAACAGCCCCAUAUCUCCCGACGCCGACGCUCGCGGGCCUCCUCUCCCUGGAUCUUGACCGCAUUCUCGGACUUCUCUGACAUCGACUUGACUUCCCCCUCAACCACGACUCUACGCACCGCGGCCCCACAAUACACACCUGUUCUCCCUCCGCCCAUACCGAAUCCUGAGCUGCAACUCAUAUCUCUUUCCACGAUAGCGACGACCUUCCCUCAAGACGUGAGCGAGUCGAUAUUAUCCUCUUCGCCCGUCUCAGUCCCUUCCUUGAGCAACUCGGCCGACCGCCUCCCGCGCUUCCAUCCGCAACGGCCAUUCCGCCCGCUACCAAUCGCGAACACUAACGACAACAACGACACCCUAGAAGCUGAUGUGCCAUUCAUGUCAGUCCGGGAAUCAUUACGAAUAGACAGGCUCGUGUCGUCUCGUCCCAAGAGCCCACCACCACCGCGGCCAGAGUUCAACCCACUCACGGAAGUCGGAAGCAGCAGCAGCAGCAGCAGCAGCAGCAGCAGCAAUAGCAACCCCCCUUCUGCAACUGAACCACGCACGCAGUCAACUGUCAAGCCCGAGGCCACCGCUAGCAGCAGCAGCGCCGAACUUUCCUCUUUAACCGAGCACAGAAUGCCCGCUUCUACCAGGUCACGAGCAACUGCCGCCUCCGGGAGCAAUUCCUCGCCACCAUCUAUAUCUGAGUCUACCAAAUCCAGAGCCCUGAGACGAUCACAGGGCGGAGCAUCUGACUCCAACACUAGACCGCGGCCCGGGACAGAGGAGGAUGAGGAUGAAGAUGAGUGGGAGCAACCUCUGGCAAAGCGACGAAGGCUCGGACAGGCAAACACGGAGGUCAUCGAUCUUGUGGAUGCCGAGACGUCUCUCGCACCACCGAAGCCAACAAAGCCAAAGUCUGCAAACCAGAUCAGACUUUCCAGCCUGCAGUGCUCCAUCUGCAUGGACGAUAUGACGUUUUUAACAUCUACUCACUGUGGCACGAGUAAAGGUCACUUGUUUUGCGGCGGCUGUCUCCAUAGCGCUCUACAUGUUAACGCCACCAAACGAGUCUGUCCAAUCUGCCGACAGAAGAUUGACCUAGUCCCUACGUCUGGAGCCCGUGCCAAUAAGGUUCCUACCAAGGGCUUUUGGCCACUUUCGCUCAAGGUUAUGACGGCAACAAGAAAGGGCAAAACGAAAGACACAGGGGUAUCAUAG